AUGUUAACCAAGAAUACGCCUAUGCCCUCAGAAGAGGAGCUAACAGUACCUCAUGAAAUCACUCUUUCAACUCCUUACUUUAAAGCAGUUAUACCAUACAUGCAUAUAGCGUGUGAAAAAGAAGUCAAAGAUUUUAUGUUGCGUCGACAAGAAACAGAAGAUCCACGUCUUUCGCUAAAAGAAGGUCGGGCCCUUACUGCAUGUGGUAUUAAAUUUUUACAAUCAUUGAAAAAGGUUUGCAGUGAAAGAGUUGAUCGCUUUGCUGAUUGUAUUGAUCACCGUACUGCGAAACUCUACAUUACACCGUUUGUUCUUUCUCAUUGUUGUCGCGAGCAGCAGCGUCGUUUGGAUAUUUGUGUAGAAGAAAACAUGAACAUUACUCGACCGAAAAUGGGAUAUUUCAGUAAAUUGCACGUGCAUAAUGCGCGAUUUCCUAAACAUGCAUAUUACACACGAGACUAUAAAGCCGAAGCUGCAAAAGUAUUGGCAGAAUUACCAGAUGAUUAUCAUUUACGCGAAGAUAGUCGUGCUUACGAACAACAGCGCUACAGUUUUUUCGAUAUAUGA